GGGCUGCCAUCCUUACCGCUCACCGCCCCUUCCCCGCCCCUCGCCCGCAGCCGCUGGCAGGAGAGAUUUACAAAUAGUGUUUGAGCAUCAUGGAGCCUUUAGGUUCUACGUUAACGGCAACUUAUGCCCACCCUAGACCAACACCGACCAACAUUCUACCAGCCAUCAGUACUAUGGCAUCAAGCUAUAGGGACCGCUUCCCCCACUACAAUUUAACCCAUACCUUGAGCCUUCCUUGGAGACCAAGUACAUACUACAAAGUAGCCUCCAACUUGCCAACCUUGGGUCCGUACUGCACCAGAUCUCAGAAGGUGUGCGAGAGUACCAUGCUUCCCUUUGUUUCCAAUAGAACCACUCUCUUCACAAGGUAUACUCCUGAUGAUUGGUACAGGUCCAAUUUAACCAACUAUCUAGAAUCCAACACUUCCCGACAUAAUUCAGAGAGACUAAGGGUAGAUACAUCUCGCCUGAUUCAAGACAAAUAUCAGCAAACAAGAAAAACUCAAGCAGACUCCACCCAAAAUUUGGGAGAACGAGUCAAUGACAUAGGAUUUUGGAAAUCUGAAAUCACUCAUGAGUUGGAUGCAAUGAUUGGAGAGACAAAUGAACUCACUGAUGUUAAGAAAAAAUUGGAGAGGGCUUUGAUGGAGACAGAAGCCCCUCUUCAGGUAGCCAGAGAAUGUCUAUUUCAUCGAGAGAAGAGAAUGGGGAUUGAUCUAGUUCACGAUGAAGUGGAAGCCGAACUGUUGACGAGACUGAGUAGAUUAGUGGCAGCCUCAGAGAAACAGGCUCAGGAGAUUGGAAACGGGGUGACAGUGAAAGGGGUCUCAGUGCCCGAAUCCUGGGCCAAAUUUACAGAUGACAAUAUUCUCAGUUCCCAAAGUGAACGAGCAGCCUCUGCCAAGCUAAGAGACGACAUUCAAAACCUCUUGGUUGUGACUGCCAAUGAGAUGUGGAAUCAAUUCAACAAAGUGAACUUGUCUUUCACCAAUCGCAUUGCUGAGACUGCAGAUGCUAAAAAUAAGAUUCAGAUUCACUUAGCGAAGACGCUGCAGGAGAUCUUCCAGACUGAAAUGACCAUAGAAUCCAUCAAGAAGGCCAUCAAGGACAAGUCUGCCUUCCUGAAGGUGGCUCAGACCAGACUGGACGAGCGCACCAGGAGACCCAACAUAGAGCUCUGUCGGGACAUGGCUCAGCUACGCCUUGUCAAUGAGGUGUACGAGGUGGACAGCACCAUCCAGACCUUGCAGCAGCGCCUGAGGGACGCGGAGGACACCCUGCAGUCGCUGGUCCACACCAAGGCCACCCUGGAGCAUGACCUGGCCGUCAAAGCCAACUCCCUGUACAUUGACCAAGAAAAAUGCAUGAGCAUGCGCAAGACCUUCCCCAACACCCUUCGGCUGGAAGGCUUCUGUUAGGGGACCCCACCAGG